UCCUCUCGGCGUCGGUAUCGAUCCCUACUCGAAUGUCGGAAACGGGACGUCGAUGUGCCUAAAAUCGAAGCCGUAGAUUUAAAAAGACGAAAUGUCGGUGUUAAAGCAAAAUCGCGUUAUAUUUGGGAUUUGGAUCGUCGCCGUUUCACACUAAAGACGGUUCCUAUGCCUAUGGAAACGCGUUCGAGCAACGCUCUCUUCAAGAGGGCCGAACAGUUGAAAAGGUGGGAAGAGUCGGAAACGAAUCGAGUGUCGUCCGAUCCUCCGAAAGACAAGAAGAAAAAGAUCAGAUUUAGCGAUGGAUGCGUCUUCUUGGCCGCCUGCGCUUCCGGCGACAAGGAAGAAGUUGAAAGGCUCCUGAGCCAGGGAGCCGACAUUAACACGGCAAACGUCGACGGAUUGACCGCUCUACAUCAGGCUUGUAUAGAUGAUAAUUAUGAAAUGGUCCAGUUUUUAGUAGAACACAAUUGUGAUAUUAAUAAGGGAGAUAAUGAAGGUUGGACACCUCUCCACGCAACAACAUCUUGUGGCAUUUUAAGUAUAGCAAGAUAUUUGAUAGAACAUGGAGCCGAUGUUGCAGCCGUAAACAAUGAUGGUGAUCUACCUAUCGAUAUUGCUGAAUCCGAAGAAAUGGAAGAACUACUUCAGGCUGAAAUUGAUCGCCAAGAAAUUGACUGCGAUGCGGCUCGAACAGAAGAAGAACACAUCAUGUUGGAAGAUGCAAAAAGAUGGGCCAACAACCAGUACAUUGAAGACUGCAUUCAUCCCAAGACUGGAGCUACGGCUUUACACGUGGCCGCCGCAAAGGGAUACAUACGUGUUAUGAGUAUUUUAAUAAAAGCUGGAGCUGAUGUAAAUGCUCAGGACAAUGACGACUGGACGCCACUUCACGCUGCGGCUCACUGGGGCCAGAGAGAAGCCUGUGAAAUGCUCGUGGAGAGUUUGGCCGACAUGACCAUUGUAAAUUCUGCUGGACAGACUUGCUUUGAUGUUGCAGAUCCAGAAUUAGUUAAAGUAUUAGAAGAACUUAAGAAGAAACAGAAUUCUGUGAGUCAAUUAUUUAUUUAUUUAUUUAUAAUCAAUAUAAAG